AGUUCCCCUUGUAGAUAAAAAUAUUGAAAUAAUUCACCCAGUGCUCUUAAGUACUCUGCGAACCAUCAAAGGUGUGAUAAUUAGGCGUGCACUAAUCUAAUCUAAACUGUUUCUGUACACGCUGCUCGGACCCGACCUUAAAUUUCUGGCACCUGUUCUUUUCGGCAAAUCGAUGUCUGCCGGCUCCGGAAUUAAUGGUGCAGAAGCCAGACUAAAAGAUCACGAAGAAAACUGGGACCCUUUGCUGCUGCGAGUACAUCUCUGACAGAGGAGCACGGCGCUCACACUUGCUAGGAUGUUGCUGUGAUUGUCGGGACUUUGACUUGGUGUGCACAAGAUUGGUCACUUGUCGACCCAUCGACCGAAGAAAUAUAGACGGCAUGUUGAUUGCUUUUCAAGAUCGAUUGCGCCUGCCGUGGCGGGGCGGUGCCAAACGGAUCUCGCCGGCGGCUGUGGCUCCGGCGUUUGUUGUGCCCCUUAUGCUGGGCCUGGCCACUCUUAAUUCCAAGACUGCCGUGAUCCUGAUGCUGACACUGGUAGGCUUCACCAUGUGGGGCGUGCAGGUGGCGAAGCGAACCGCUACGAAGACAAACUUCUUUCUCAGUUGGAUGGUCUUCUCCGUAGUCUACAUGAUCAUAAUAUUUGAGUUUCAGGUGCCUCUGCUUGAGUUGGCACCGGAGGAGAACUAUGCCCUAAUAUUCUUCUCCUGCGCAUCCAUUUACUGCUUGUUUUCCGCCAAGAAAUUGUCAGCUCUUAACCUGGUUUCAGCUCAGUAUGGAACCACGCCUAAAGAUGAGCUGCCCGGCAUCGCAGAAGCAUCCAGUGGCGAGGAGCAGGCCGAGGCCCAAACCACACUCCAGAUGGAGAGUGUUUUGACCAUGGAGGAGGAUGAGAUUGUGGACUUGGACAGCACUGAACGAGCGGGCCUGAUGCACGGGCAACCGAACAUCUGUGAAACCUGCCGAAAGGUGACUCCUCGAAAGGCCUAUCACUGCGGCGUCUGUGGCACCUGUGUCAAGAGAAGGGAUCACCACAGUUACUGGCUCAACUGUUGCAUAGGAGAACGCAACUAUGUGUGGUAUAUAGUGGGACUGGCUCUGGCCGAGAUCGCUUUGCUGCUUGGUGCCAACUUGACACUCACUGCAAUCUGUCACCCGUUUAUGGUUGUGCGUCCGUUGGGAUACCCUAUCCUCCUCCCGGACGACUGCAGCGAAGUUUUCGAAAGUUUUGAGCUUGGCAUAACCUUCGUAGUGGCCUGUUAUGCGCUGCUUAUUUCGGUUUACAUUGCGUUUGUUUUGAUCCGCCAGGGAUAUUUGCGGUGGACUGGGUCUACUUUACACGAAUACAAACGGGCCUCCAACGCCGCCGGACGCAACCGCAUCUGGAACAAUUGGCGGUCCAUCCUUAAGUGAACGCUGGCACUCACAAACAUAACUACAAAGUAUAAACCAGCUUUUCGCCCAAAAACUAUAGUAUUUAACGCUCUCAAACCUAAUAUUGGUAGUCAUUUUUAGUCGUAGCGCUUACAAAGUCAUAAAUGCAAUUAAAUUUAUUCAAAAUAAAUAAAAAUAGGAAACCAA